UAUUAGGCCUACAAUGUAGCUAUUUUCUUCAUCACAGAAUACGUGUUUUAAGUAAAUCGGCAUACUUAGGGUUAUUGUACAUUAUUGCCACAAGAUCGAUUAGGAAGUGCUACAUUUUCAUAUAAUGUAGCCUAAUUCAAAAUAAUUGAUUAGACCACAGACUCUUGCCUCUCUUGUUUACCGUAGGACAGCCUACAUGCACGAAAUGGACACAAAACAACUCCUAAACAUCCUUUUAAACUUUAAAUGGACUUUUUAAGAGCCGAUAAUGUUGCUAAAUCGCAUUCUUUUUGCAUUCAUACAUUUUUUUUAAAUCACCAAGCCCACACCAGUCAGACCUGUUUCAGUGCCCCAAUCUGCCAGAUUUGCUAUGCAUAAUCAUCCGAGGAAAAAAACUAUUUCUAUUUUUGACUGUUUUAGAUAAUCCCAAACUAGGCAAAUUAACAUUUAUUUUAUGCAUUAGGAUUAUUUAUUUACAUCCAUCCUGUAAAUGAUUCAUAUCUAAUUCAUAAACCAUUAUUUAUCCUUCAUGCUAUAUCCACAUAUCUAUAUGUGCUAAGAGCUCAUAUUUCUCUAAGGAGGCUAAUUUUAGUAAAGAAAAAAAGGGUUGGAUUUCAUCCCUCUGCUUCCUACAACAGACAUCUGUUACCAGUUGAAGUAUCAUUCCCUCUGAAAAUAGCAGCAAACAGCAAAUUGCUCACACACUGAAGGUAAAUCUUGCUAUUUAAUGUGACACUUAUAAACGGACAAAUUGCAGGGCGUGAGUGAUGAUGUGCCAAGAGAAGAACUUCCAGACUCUACAUGCCUGUCUUUGCCAAUUCAGCAAAAGUUAGUCGUCAGACAGAAGAGAUAGUUUCUGCCAUUUGAGAUGGACAGAAUAUUUAUACAGUUGUACAGCGAAAACUUGGUCCUUUUACGUAGAAGCAGUCUGGUCUGUCUGUCACCCAGGCUACAGUAAACCCAGUGCAGGAGCCAGUUUCCAGCUAGAUUAUGUUCUCAAGUGUGUCACUGUCAUUUUAUGAUCAAAUCAAAUCAACCUUCAUUUGCCAUAUGUGUAGACUUUACCGUGAAAUGCUUACUUACAAGCCCUUAACCAACAGUGCAAUUCAAAAAUAAAAUAAUAUUUACCAAGUAGGCUAUAACAAAAAGUAACAGAAUAAGAAUAACGAGGCUAUAUACAGGGGGCACCAGUACAGAGUCAGUGUGCGUGGGUACAGACUAGUUGAGCUAAUCUGUACAUGUAGGUGGGGGCGAAGUGACUAUGCAUAGAUGGCAAACAAACAUCGAGUAGCAGCAGUGUACAGGGGUGGGGGGGUCGUCAAUGUAAAUUGUCCGGUGGCGAUUUUUAUGAAUCAGUCUAAUGGCUUGGGGGUGAGGGUGAUGAUAAUGAUGAUGAUGUUGUGUGUCAAAGUCUCUUCAGGUUCCCGUGUGAGGUCAUAAAGAUGGGACACGGUGGUGUGGGGAGCAAAGCUGGCGCUGGCGGCUGACAGACCCCUCCAGUGGCCAAUCAGGAUGCAUGUCUCCUCAAUGGGUGCCAGCAAGCUCUGCUUCCUGUUCUCCCUGGCUCUCUGUGCCCUGUUGCUCCUCAUCCCCACCCUCCAGCCCUCACAGCAUCAAGGGGACCUUCCCCGGCCCCGGGCCCACAACAAGCCUGCCCGGCACCCUGGACGUCUGGUGGUUCCUCUCCAGGCAGAUAUGGGGAAAGUGACAGUGGGGCGUAAUGGGAUUGAUGGUGACUCUAUGGGGCAGAGUACACCAAGAGAGACCAAGAGGACUGUGGAUGGGGACUGGGUGUAUACAGCUCGUCGAGCUGACACCCAGGGCGCUGGGAAGCAUAUAGACUCUCAGACAGGGUCAGAGGGGGACUUCCUCCACAGAACUGGGGGUGUGAUGGGGGCUGGAGGGUCUUGGCCCAGGAACCCUCUGGAGCUGAAAGACAUUUUCAUAGCGGUGAAGACCACCAGGAAGUACCACAAGUCCAGAUUGGAUCUGCUGUUCCAGACCUGGGUGUCCAAAGCCAAAGAACAGACCUUUAUAUUCACAGAUGGGGAGGAUCAGGAGCUGAGGAGGAGAGCAGGGGCUAACGUCAUCAACACCAACUGUUCAGCAGCACACACGCGGCAGGCCCUGUGCUGUAAGAUGUCUGUGGAAUACGACAAGUUCAUCGAGUCACAGAGGAAGUGGUUCUGCCAUAUGGAUGAUGAUAACUAUGUGAUUGUACCCAGUCUGCUGAAGCUGCUGUCCUCCUACCACCACACGCAGGAUGUUUAUCUGGGCCGGCCCAGCCUCGACCACCCCAUAGAGGCCGCAGAGAGGGUCAAGAGUGACGGAUCUGUGUCAGUGAAGUUCUGGUUUGCUACAGGAGGAGCAGGGUUCUGUAUCAGUCGUGGUCUGGCCCUCAAGAUGAGUCCAUGGGCUAGUCUGGGCAACUUCAUCAGCACGGCGGAGAAGAUCCGUCUCCCUGACGACUGCACCAUGGGUUACAUCAUCGAGGCGCUGCUGGAGGUGACACUGACACACACACACCUCUUCCACUCCCACCUGGAGAACCUGCAGAGGCUUCCCACAGACACCGUGCUGGAGCAGGUCACUUUGAGCUACGGGGGUUUUGAGAACAGGAGGAAUGUGAUCAGCAUUGGAGGAGCCUUCUCUCUGGUGGAGGACCCAUCACGGUUUAAGACUGUCCACUGCCUCCUCUACCCAGAGACUGACUGGUGUCCUAGUAUGGGUCACCAUUGAUGACCACUACAGUACAGCAUAUCUACAAUACUUCCUACCGGCCUGGUUGACUGGUGUCCCUGUGUAUGCUAGCUAUAUCAUUGCCAUGGCAAAAUUAUGACAAGGCCAAACAGGUUCACUGGCACCCAGGCUAACCCUACAGAACCACUUCACUCAGAUCAAAUGGCUAGACGUCUGUGGGUCUUUGAGAGGACAUGAGGCGAGAGAAGAUGAGGUAACUGGAGUGAGGAUCGCUUUGGUCAUGGUGGGAUGAUGAAGAAACACCCCACUACUCUUUAUUAUCACUAGUGUACCCUCCAGUCAACGCAGGAAGUUGCCACUGUUGGCUGUUGCCAUAGCGAUGAUUCACCACUCAUUGCUUUUGUUGUAGCUUUGAAUCCCAAACAUACUAUUGUGGUCCAGAUAUACAGUGGGGCAAAAACGUAUUUAGUCAGCCACCAAUUGUGCAAGUUCUCCCACUUAAAAA